CCACCCCCGCGGCCACCAUGUGGAACAUCUUCAAGAAGAACCAGCAGCCUGAGGCGGCUCCGGCCACCACCACGGCCACCAUGCCCGCCGGGCCCGUGGGCAACUCCACCGAGAGUGGGGGUGCCGGGGGGAGCAAGGAAGACAUGUUUGCCAAGAUAAAGGAGAAAUUCUUCAAUGAGAUGAACAAGAUCCCCCUGCCGCCCUGGGCGCUGAUAGCCAUCACCGUGGUGGCCGGCCUCCUGCUCCUCGCCUGCUGCUUCUGCAUCUGCAAGAAGUGCUGCUGCCGGAAGAAGAAGAACAAGAAGGAGAAGGGCAAGGGCGCCAAGAACGCCAUGAGCAUGAAGGACAUGAAGGGCGGGCAGGACGAUGACGAUGCAGAGGCUGGCCUCACUGAGGGGGAGGGGGAGGGCGAGGAGGAGAAGGAGCCGGAGAACCUGGGCAAGCUGCAGUUCUCCCUGGACUACGACUUCCAGGCCAACCAGCUGACCGUCGGCGUGCUGCAGGCCGCAGAACUGCCCGCCCUGGACAUGGGAGGCACCUCAGACCCUUACGUCAAAGUCUUCCUCCUCCCAGACAAGAAGAAGAAAUACGAGACCAAAGUGCACCGCAAGACGCUGAACCCGGCCUUCAACGAAACCUUCACCUUCAAGGUGCCGUACCAGGAGCUGGGGGGCAAGACCCUGGUGAUGGCCAUCUACGACUUCGACCGCUUCUCCAAGCACGACAUCAUCGGGGAGGUGAAGGUGCCCAUGAACACGGUGGACCUCGGCCAGCCCAUCGAGGAGUGGAGAGACCUGCAGGGCGGCGAGAAGGAGGAGGUGAGGGCAGAGAUGUGUUUGUCUUGUUCUCUGUUGAGUCCAUCAGCUUGCUCCCCACCCCACCCCUCCUCACAGGCCUGUUCUCUUGAGGCGCUGAGGGCACCGGGUGGCUCUCCCUGCACAGACCCCUACGUGAAGAUCCACCUGAUGCAGAACGGCAAGAGGCUCAAGAAGAAGAAGACGACGGUGAAGAAGAAGACGCUGAACCCCUACUUCAACGAGUCCUUCAGCUUCGAGAUCCCCUUCGAGCAGAUCCAGAAAGUCCAGGUGGUGGUCACGGUGCUGGACUACGACAAGCUGGGCAAGAACGAGGCCAUCGGCAAGAUCUUCGUGGGCAGCAAUGCCACGGGCACGGAGCUGCGGCACUGGUCCGACAUGCUGGCCAACCCGCGCCGGCCCAUCGCCCAGUGGCACUCGCUGAAGCCUGAGGAGGAGGUGGACGCUCUCCUGGGCAAGAACAAGUAGGAGCAGCGGCCGCCGCGGCCGCACGGCCGGCUCGGACCGACAGACCCAGAGCUCUCGAUACCUCAGUUACGCCCUCGAGGUUCCCCCCCCUGUGGUCGAGUCCUCGUUCCCUUUCCUUUCUGUCUGUUUAAAGACCGGCUUCCCGCUGGCGGCUCUGAGGAGCGUCCCCAACCAGCGGACGAGGAGCCCGGCUCUUGUCACCACCCGGGAGCCGCCCGCUGCUGCAUGCCCGUCACCGUCAUCGUCAUCGCGGUCCCAUCGGGGUCCCUCGGUCCCAGCCUCGCCCGAGCCUCGCGGGAGUGAGGCCCUCUGGUGGCAGAAAGUUGCGGCGCGUCCCGUUUUUCGCGUGUUCUGGACCCACACAAUGGCACUUCCUGUGUCCUGGGAGGGAAGGCUGCACAGUGGCCAGCGACCGUGUGCACACUUGUUCACAUGUGUGUGCACACGUGUCCACAUGCGGGUGCACACGUAUACACGCAGGUGUGUGAGUGCAUUGUGUGUGCAUGUGUGUAAGGGCAUCGUGCACACGUGUGUGUGAGAGA